UCUCUGAGCAGGCUCCGGUGAUUUAAUGAUAGGUGCCAUAUUCUGGACAGAGUAACCCGCCUCCAUUCUGUUCUUCCGGACGCUCACAGCCUAAAGAUGGCGACGCCGUGAGUAAGUGACAAGCAACUCCACUUCCGCAGUUUUCCUGCGCCCUGGUCCAAGAUGGCGGACGAGGCCACCCGGCGGGUCGUGUCUGAGAUCCCGGUGCUGAAGACUAACGCCGGACCCCGAGAUCGGGAAUUGUGGGUGCAGCGACUAAAGGAGGAAUAUCAGUCCCUGAUCCGGUAUGUGGAGAACAACAAGAAUUCAGACAAUGAUUGGUUCCGACUGGAGUCCAACAAGGAAGGGACCCGGUGGUUUGGAAAAUGCUGGUACAUCCACGACCUCCUCAAAUAUGAGUUCGACAUCGAGUUUGAAAUUCCUAUCACAUAUCCCACUACUGCUCCGGAAAUUGCAGUCCCUGAGCUGGACGGGAAGACAGCUAAGAUGUACAGGGGUGGCAAAAUAUGUCUGACUGAUCAUUUCAAACCUUUGUGGGCUAGGAAUGUGCCCAAGUUUGGACUAGCUCAUCUCAUGGCCCUGGGGCUGGGUCCUUGGCUGGCAGUGGAAGUCCCUGAUCUGAUUCAGAAGGGUGUGAUCCAGCACAAAGAAAAAUGCAACCAAUGAUGGACGACGCCCCUGAGGCGGGACAGAGGGACUGUGACUAGGCUGCAUUCCUGUUUGCUCCUUUCUCACGAUUCCUUCAAGGGUCACCUCUGGCUGUUACAAAGUAGCUGGAGGGACAAAUAAGAAAACCCAACAAUAGGGCAAGGUCACAAAGUUUCUAAAUGAAGCUGUACAGAGAGAUGAAAGAUUGGGGCCUUGAAAUAGGCAGUUUGUAUCCCUUCUCCGAGUAGAGCCCUGGAGGCAUUUUGGAGGCAUGGGGUGUAACUGACAGCACAUAGGUUUUUGGUUUCUGGAGACAACCUGUCAAUAAAAGCUGCUUCCCCUGGUA